GAAGCUCAGUGUGGCGUGACAGAUUAUAUACUACGGAGACGGACAGCUCACACUGUUUGUUAUUCAUGAAGUUUGAAACAGCAGCCACACAACUAUCGAUCAAUCUGUUUGACUGUUCGGUGCACUUGUGCGUCACCCCGCCUGUUGCUGCGGACGGCGGAGGAUGUGCCUUCACACCCACAUUCAACAAGCACCGGAUCACACACUGCUGGUUUACGCACAGACUGGACAGCGGUCCAGAGCGGCUGCAGACAGACGCGGAGGAAGAUGGGGACCGCUUAAUUUGCGCGCAAUGGCGCCGGUGCGCAAAUCCCCUUCUGCCAAUCCAGAUUUGCACUUCAACAGGUAGACAAUAAAAGCAAAACAAAGCAUAUAUCUUCACAGCAUUGGGACAAAAGCAGAAGAGGAUGGGGACCCCACACAACGGAUCCAACGUAACGUCGAAUUACACCAAUCAGUUCGUGCAGCCGCCGUGGCGCAUCGCUCUCUGGUCGGUCGCCUACAGCUCCGUGCUGGCGGUGGCCGUGUUUGGAAACCUCAUCGUGAUAUGGAUCAUUCUCGCCCAUAAGCGCAUGCGAACGGUUACCAACUACUUUCUGCUCAACUUGGCUUUUUCGGACGCGUCGAUGGCCGCUUUUAACACUUUGAUAAACUUUAUCUACGCUGCCCACGGAGACUGGUACUUCGGGGAACCCUACUGUAAAUUCCAUAACUUCUUCCCAGUCACAUCUGUGUUCGCAAGCAUCUACUCUAUGACUGCAAUAGCUGUGGACAGAUACAUGGCCAUCAUUCACCCUCUGAAGCCUCGUCUCUCAGCAAAGGUCACCAUGGGAGUCAUCGUCAGUAUCUGGAGCCUAGCAGUGGUCCUUGCUUUCCCUCUGUGCUAUUUCUCCACCACCCUCGCCCGACCCCACAGGACCAUCUGCUAUGUCGCCUGGCCUCGCAUGGCCGAUGACCCCGUCAUGUACCAUAUCAUAGUGACAGCUCUAGUCUAUGUGCUGCCCUUAGUAGUGAUGGGCAUUACCUACGCCAUCGUGGGGGUGACACUGUGGGGUGGCGAGAUUCCAGGAGACUCAUCUGAUAAUUAUCACGGACAGCUCAGAGCUAAAAGGAAGGUGGUGAAGAUGAUGAUCAUCGUGGUGGUGACUUUUGCCCUCUGCUGGUUGCCGUAUCACGUCUACUUCAUAGCAACUGGUCUGAAUAAGCGUCUGAAGAAGUGGAAGUACAUCCAGCAGGUUUACCUGACCGUGCUGUGGCUGGCCAUGAGCUCCACCAUGUACAACCCCAUCAUCUACUGCUGCCUCAACAGCAGGUUUCGAGCUGGCUUCAAGAGGGUAUUUCGCUGGUGCCCAUUCAUCAAGGUAUCCAGCUAUGACGAGCUUGAAUUGCGCUCAAUACGACUGCAGCAAACACGGCAGAGCAGCAUGUACACGCUGACACGGAUGGACACGACGAUGGUGGUGGUUUAUGACCCUGCCGAGGGCAACGGCGGUGCAGGAGGAAGAAAGCACUCCCUGUCUGCCAGGAAGAGAAGCUAUGUCACCUCACGGCAGCCGGAGAUCUCUGCUUCAAAUGACACCAGUGCAAGAACACAAAAUGGGGUUGCACCGAAAGCUGAAAUUGAGGAAUUUUCAUAAAAAGCACAUUUGCUGAGAUCCACGUACAAAC